AUGGUUUCCUCCUACACUCGUCUCCUCACGGCCAUCUGUGCCCUCGCUGGCUCCGCCGCUGCCGUGACUCCCCUCAAGGUCCAGGGCAAGGACUUUGUCAACUCCAAGACCGGUGACCGGUUCCAGAUUCUCGGUGUUGACUACCAGCCUGGUGGUUCCUCUGGUUUCACCAAGGACAAGGAUCCUCUCAGCGAUGGCGAUGUCUGUCUCCGUGAUGCCGCUCUGAUGCAGCGCCUGGGUAUCAACACCAUUCGGGUCUACAACCUCGAGCCUACCCUCGACCACAACAAGUGCGCCUCCAUUUUCAACGCCGCCGGUAUCUAUAUGAUUCUCGAUGUCAACUCCCCUCUUACCAAUGGCUAUUUGGACCGCACCGCUCCCUGGACCACCUACACCAACGCCUACUACCAGCAGGUCUUUGGUGUUAUCGAGGCCUUCAAGUCCUUUGACAACGUUCUCGGCUUCUUCGCCGGAAACGAGGUUAUCAACGAGGAUGCCACUCGCCUGGCCCCUGCCUACGUUCGUGCCGUCAUCCGUGACAUGAAGGAUUACAUUGCCAAGCAGUCUGACCGCGCUAUCCCCGUUGGUUACUCGGCUGCCGAUGUCCGCGACAUUCUGAUGGACACCGUCCACUACUUUGAGUGCGAUAUGAAGAACUCCACUAGCUCCCGCGCUGACUUCUUCGGUCUCAACUCCUACUCUUGGUGCGGUGAUGCCACCUACAAGUCCAGCGGCUACGAUGUCCUGACUGAGGACUUUUCCAACGCCACUCUGCCCGUUUUCUUCUCCGAGUACGGCUGCAACGAGGUCAAGCCCCGUGUCUUCACCGAAGUGCAGGCCCUGUACGGCGACGAGAUGACCCAGGCUUUCUCAGGCGGAUUAGUGUACGAGUGGACUCAGGAAGAUAACGACUAUGGUCUUAUCCAGAUCAAUGAUAAUGGUACUAUCACCACCCUGAUCGACUUCGACAACCUGCAGAAGCAGUUCAGCAAGCUUGACAUGAGCCGUAUCUCCGCUAGCAACGCCUCCCAGACCGGUGUCACCCCGGAGACUUGCGACGCCUCUUUGAUCACCACCUCGACCUUCUACAAUGCCUGGAACCUGCCCGAUGCCCCUUCCAAGGUCUCAGACUACAUCAAGAACGGUCUGCCCAACAAGCCCUCCGGGUCUCUGGUCUCGGUGACAGCUACCACUCUGUCCGAGAAGGUGUACGACUACACAGGCCAGGAGAUCACCAACGUCGAGUUCAAGGUUCUGGCCAAUGACGAGUCCAACACUCCCUCCAACUCGUCCGUUUCUAGCACCUCUUCCUCCUCGUCUUCCUCGGGUACCUCCACCCACUCCAACGCCGCUUCUUCUCUGAACGGCGCCCCCUCCAUCGCCCUGGGUGGUUUGAGCGGUCUUUUCAUGCUUCUUGCUUCGCUGCUGUAA